AUGGCGCGUCCCGCGCUUCUACUAGUCGACGUCGCAUCGCUUAUGGAGUCUCUCGACAUGCUGGCCGUGCCUCAGGCGCACUACCGCGUGUUCCAUGGAGACCCGGCGACCGACUCACAACAUGCAGCGCGCAACGACCAGUUCCCCUCAGCUUUGAGCCCUCGUCGCGUGGAAACCUCAGCCACUGACCUCCACUUACGCGAGUUCGCCCAACUCGAGGUCCAAGUGAAGGCUCUGCAAAUACAGUCAACCAACCCCGGGGCCGUGGCGGGAUCUCUGGCCGAGUGUUUCCUGUUCUACUCAAGACUGUUCACACCGGAGUCGUUCCCGUGGCCAGACUUCCUGUCUGCCGUAUGUACCAAAUUGGCCGAACACUUUGCUACAAGUGAAAACGACGUUGUGCGAAGUGCCAUCCUGAGAGUAUUCCAACGAGCAAAAGGCCACGUGGCACAAGUGACCGACCCCAACAAGCUACUGACCCAUCUCAUGGGGCCGUUAACGCACCCUACCAGUGUCACAACACGGACGCUAACUCUCCAGAUGCUGGCCACCAUGCCCUCCCUCCUUAUCCACGACACGACAGUGCAGCAGCAGGUUAUCAAGGGGAUUUCUGCUGCUGACCACGACGAACGCAGCGCUGCAAUCGAAGCCGCAAGUGCCAUUCUACCACUCUCGUCUUCCUUCAAGAAGGACGUGCUGACGUUAACUCCAGAGACCGAGACGUCGUCGACAUGCUGCUUGUUGGCAGACGCAGUGACGGACUCGACAGAGGCGCAGCAGGCCUGGACGCGCUGUGCGGAGCUGUACGAAAGACUCGCAGACGACAAGAGCGCAGUGGCGAGUUUGCGAGCGAUGACAGCGCUGACUGCUGCGUAUCCUGGUGUUCUACUGGAGAUGCACGGACAACUGCUGUGUCAUGUACUGGAUCAAGACCCUCGUGCAAUUGUACGGAACUUUGCGCUGCUAGUGACGCAGCAGCUCGUUACCAAGGGAAGCGAGGGGAACGAACAGUUAACUUGUCUUCUAGAAGGUGUUUUUGGACGAGUUGCCAGUCGGAGUAGACCGAUAAUGCGCAUCACGUUGUCAGCUCUGCUUGUGCUUGAGAAGUGGUCGACGAAGCAAGAGGCUGGUGAGAAGGCGAAGGCUCUACUGAAAGUGGCCAAGAAGCUACUUGCUGUUGCUUUGAACGAGCGAUUUGGAGAGGUUUACACCUCUAUCCUCGCCAAUAUCGCUCGUCAGAAACUUGCAGCUGAAGGAACAGAGCGCAGUGUGGACGAAUUGCUGCUCUUGUUACACCCACGAGCCCCCGUCGCAGCCAAGAGCACGUGGAACUUUACUCUGGCUGCGAUAGUUCAACUCACUCACGACUUCCCUGAGUUACUCGCGACUUACGUGGCUACACGUUUAAUCGAGUUGCUGUCGAUCCCCGCUGAUAGCAGUCUGGAUAAUAGUGUCAUCAACACUCGUAGAACGUCCCUCUUCAAGGUUCUAGGAGCUCAAUUCCAAGCGCCAAGUGUCGAUGUCAUCCGCCAAGAGCUGCCCAUGUUACUCAAGGAGCUAUCCGCUAUCAGCCGCACAGAUGCAGCACACUUACGGGCGGUAGCUGCCACGUUCUUCCUCUGGACGCAAGAGCUGAUGCUCAAAGCAGACGGAGACAAGGAAAUAAGCCAAACAAUCUCGGAUUUCGAGCGGCAACUGCGUAACUCUGCGCUCUACGAGACCCACGCAGAGCGAUACGAGAUGGCCAAGCUAGCAAUACUACGAGGACGGUUCACUUUGGCUUCUCAGUUGCUGGAGAUCGUCGCAGCAAAGACGGAUAGUGAGUGCUUUGGUGGCUGGUUGCACGCUCUACUGACGCUGUGUGAAGCCGAGGCUCGUAUUACAACCGAUCGGUCCGUGCAUCUACAGAGUCUGCACUCUGUAGCUCGUGCGAGGAUGUACUUACAGGCGGCACGUACGUCCAGUUUCCGCUUCGAUCUCCAGCUCCACUUGCUUACUCUCCGUCUGGAAUGGCUACAACUUGUACAGAGUACACAGCAGCUUGCAGGUGAGGCUGCAUACACCAAUUCUCCGGGUAAUCCUGUGGGUCGAGAGGGACAAUUGAGUAAGCAAUUACGUACUCUAGCACACAAGUUCGACGUGCUACGUAGUCUGCUGCUCGGUGCCGAUGAGCGAGACUUGGACGCGCUUCAAGCUCACGCCAACGCGUGUGUCUUACUGGCUUCGGCAGUCGACGGCUUGUUGUUGCUACGAUCGUCAAACUCCAUCGACUUUCCAACCAAAUGGGGCUCUUGUCUGUGGAGUCUUCAAGUGCUCAAGACGUUGAGUGAAGACCUGUGUCCCGCAAAGCUCGAAGCUACUGGAGCACUCGCGCAGAAGCUGUUCAAGUGGACGUGCUCGUGUGUAUAG